AUGAACAGACUUGCUUCACCUAAAUGCCUUCGAUGCCCGACCUUCCAGGCAGCUAAAUGUGCAGGAACGACCAAACGACUAUUGAAGACAGAAACAACACCGCUUACUCGGAAAGACAAGCAAGAGGGUGAUAUUUCCUCUGUGUUUUCAACUUUCUCGGGUAGAAAGAGCGCACCCUUGCCAGACCGGUUCCGAGAGUUGAAGAAAAAUUUGACUGUUGGGUUCGAAGAGGAAAUUCAAAAUUCAUGGGAUGAGCUUGUGGAGACUCUGAAGGUGCGGACUGAAGAGGUUGCUACCAAGCGAGAGUCGAUUAUUCCUCAAUUAGACUUUGACGAUAUUCAACUUGGAAAUGUAUCGAUUGCUGAUGUCAAUGCAAUUCGACGGACUGGUGUUGCUGUCAUCAGAGGAGUUGUGCCAAAAAAGAAUGCCGAGGCUCUUCUCACUGAUCUUCGACAAUAUUUGAAGGCGCAUACCUUUAAAGGCUUCCCAGCUGAGGCGAAAGAAAAGGUCAUUUAUGAAUCGUAUUGGAGCCCUUCUCAGGUGAAAGCACGGUCGCACCCCAACAUGCUUGCUACACAAUCUUGGAUGAAUCAACUAUAUUCCGCUGCACCGAACCAGAAGAUCGAUCUUUCGGUCCCCUUGACCUACUGUGACCGCGUCCAAAUCCGCCCACCCGGCGAUAAACAUUUCGGACUUCCUCCUCACGUUGAUGGCGGAGGCGUUGAGCGAUGGGAGGAUCAAUCUUACAACCAUGUCUACCGCAAGAUCUUCCAAGGAAAGUGGGAAGAAUACAACCCAUGGGAUCUGACUGGCCGUCUGGAUGCAAACAUGAAUAUGUAUGAAGCCCCGGGGGGCUGUUCCGUUUUCCGAGCAUUCCAAAGCUGGCUCGGUUUAUCUCGUCAUGGGCCCCGGCAAGGUACCCUCGUCGUGCAUCCUAUUCUGCAGCCAACUACUGCCUAUUGGAUGCUUCGACCUUUCUUCAAACCUACUCGCAAGGAUUCUCUCGAUGGAUGGAAGUUCUCUCUUGACGACGAAGAGGGAAAACUGUAUCUGCACGGUGCAAAUCCAGGAACAGCACAAGAACAUACACCCGACCUUCAUCCUCACUUGAGGCUCCAGGAGACUAUGAUUCCGUACCCUACAGUCGAGCCAGGUGACACAGUGUUUUGGAGUGCUGAUACUAUUCACGGCACCGAGACUAUCAACACGGGAGACAACGAUGCAUGUGUAUUCUACAUUCCAUCGGUUCCUUUGACCCCGAAUAAUGCUCAAUACGUCGCCCAGCAACGUAAUGCCUUCUUGAAGGGGGUUCCUCCUCCCGACUUCCCUGGUGGCUUGGGUGAGACGGAACAUUUUGACAGAGCUACUGUUAACGAUAUUCAAUCUGAAGCUGGAAGAAUGGCCAUGGGACUGAGCCCCGUCAAUCUGAAUGGCAAGAAAAGCAGGCUCGAGAAGGAGAUCAACAACAUUUUAGGGCAUGAAUAG